GUACUAGCUGAAUGAAUGGAUUGGUCUACGGGCGGAGGAUUAACGUUAGACUUGCCGAAGAAGUACGUUGAAUUAAAAGUCACGAAAAUGACAUCUAGAAAUAAAGAUAUGAUCAUCGUUGAUGGAGGUCUGAGCACAGAGCUGAUUAGACUUGGCUAUCCAGUUGAUCUGGAUCCGCUAUGGACAUCAACAUAUCUUUUGAAAAACCCUGAUGCUCUGAAGAAAGCACAUCUUAGCUUCAUUGAGCAUGGUGCUGAUGUCAUAUUGACAGGUACUUAUCAGGCUAGUCCAGAACUGUUUGAGAAGGAAGUUGGAAUUGGUGAUGGGGAGUUUAGUAAGCUGAUGGCUACAGCAUGCGACAUCGCAAGGCAAGCCGUGUUGGAAUUCUGGGAGAAACAGUCUCAAUCUGGAAGAAGGAAGCCUGUUGUUGCCGGAUCAGUUGGGCCUUACGGAGCAUGUCUGCAUGACUUCUCAGAAUACCAUGGCAAUUAUGUGGACAAUAUGACAAUUGAGGAACUGAAGCAGUGGCACAGACCUCGGAUGAAGGCCCUCGUUGAAGCAAACAUCGACCUACUAGCCCUGGAAACCGUCCCUUCUAUUGCGGAAGCAGAAGCUUUACUAGCACUUUUACAAGAGUUUCCCACCAUGAAGGCAUGGAUGACAUUCUAUUGCAAGGACCAAUCUCAUAUAGGCCAUGGAGAGAGCUUAGCCGAGGCAAUAAGCAAAGCGAGCGCAUGCUCCCAGAUAAUAGGAGUUGGUGUCAACUGUGUUCCAGCAGAAAACGUCACAGCUCUACUGCAAAGUGCUACAACAUCUCGAAAUGGAAAACCAUUUGUCGUCUAUCCAAACGCACCGGGAGAGCAGUGGAUUGACGAUAAGGUCUGUGGAAAGACUACUGCCGUUGAGUUUGAUGACCUUAUACCAGUGUGGAUAGAGGCUGGAGCUAGGUACAUAGGAGGUUGCUGCGGAACUAGUGCUUUGGAUAUCAAACAUUUAUCAGAGAUUAUUUCCAACAGAUGAUGCGCUUCAGUAAAGUAUACUCGAUGAGGGGUAGAAAUGAGGAGGCACGAUGGCUACGUUGGAAGAGUGAUGGUCUCAUAACUGGCAACCUGGGUUAGAAACCAAAUUGAUGCCAUUUGAUAAAGGCAACUAUCCAUGUAAUCAGGUCCCUAAGAGAGAAACUUACAUCAUUGGUUCUUACAUACUAACACGCAGUCAUGCUUUCUCAGCGGGCAGGUAAACUAACCACCACUAACUAACCACAUUGUGCUGCACUCAACCCAGGUGAGGUGAAUGGGUACCUGGCAGGAAUUUAUUCCUUGAAAUGCCGAGUGCUGGAAGCUAGCUGCUUGAACUACAGUCGGAGUAAUAAUAUCCAUGUCCUUUGGAAGCGCAUACAGAUGUCAUUCAUAAUGUGUUAUGCGCUAUACAAGAAGUGACUAUUAUUAUUAUUAUUAACUGAUAUGAGAAGAAUUGUUAAAAAAGAAGCAUAAUUUAAUCUGUUGUCUUUUGCUCAAAUUAUAGCAAGCAAUAGAAAUUAAUUGUAAACCAUAUCAAACAAUGCAAACAGAAACUGGGGAAACAAACGGCAUGAGAAAUAAGAAUUGACUUUCUGUUUAUUCUCAGUGUUUACUCUGAGUACUAAAACAGAAAGUUUUACUCUAUUUUAGACUACCUUAUUACUAAACAUCUUUUCAAGUAAUCAUGUUUAUAUUUGAUCUAAAACCAAGCGGUGUAUUUUGUUGUAUGUAAUUUUUAGUCUUUCAGAAAGCAUGACUAAUGAAAACCAUAUGAAACAGUAAAUGUUAUAGUAAACAACUAUAUCAUUUCUGAAGGGAUUUAGACAGUACUUACCUUUUUGAAAAAGGAUAAUUUCUAUAUUCACUUUUUUGUCUUGUUUUCUGAAUCCAAAAAGAUGAUUGUUUCCAUUAUAUGUUUGCUUUAUUACAUCAGAAAUGAUAUAGUUAUAAAAUGAAAAUGGAACACAUCUCUCUCUUAUCCCUGUUUUAAAAUGACAUCUGGGCCCCAUCUUACAAAAAGUUAUGAUUGAUCCGAUCAAUUGUAACUCUAUGGAAAUCCAUCAGUGUCAUAAUUUUUUUCUACGAAAAAUUUGCACAAUAUGUCCUUUCUAUGCAAGAGAAGCGCAGUGAAUUUUCAAGAAAACAAUGAAUGCAUCAUACCUAGAAAAUAUUUUGAACAAACAUGCAUAAUAUAUGUUGACGUUGCUGGCCAUCCAUAGUUGCGAUUGAUUGGAUCAAUGGUAACUCUUUGUUAGGGUUUCAUGCAAGGACUUGUCAGACAUUUUAUUUGACAAAGUUAUCUGACAGUUACUGUAGGGACUGUGCUUCUAAACCAAUCAAAAUCAAGGAAAGCCGUCGGAUAUGACUUGUUAGAUGGAAAUUUUGAUGAAAUGCUCCCCUAAACUGAAGUAAAUUAGGCGGAGCUAAGAAGUUUAAUUUUUCCUAGAUGCUAUUUUCAUGGGUGUAUUUGUUUUGGUUUGAUAGUAUGCAUGGGUAAUGUGAGUUUGUUUCCACUUUUCAAACAUGAAUGAGAGGAUAGUACAUGGCACAGCAAACUUUUACCAAAGACAGUAAAGAGUGCAAUACACUUUCAUUUUGUACAUACAACAGAAGAUGUUAAAGUUUGUUCUGACUAUAGAUCGGCUAUUCCCUGUGAGCUUGGGGAUUAGCCUAUACCGUCUUGUCCUUGGUAGGCAAACCCACAAUUCAUCAUACAAAUUAUUUUUCACCAACUGGACAUAAAAUAUUAUAAUUACCUACUGCUGGGAAUGUAAUGUAUCAUAUUCUGAAAUGUCUGUGAAAAGUUAAAUAAAGGCAUGGUUGUGUUUGACAUGACUGUGCAAAAAAAGUUAAUCAUAACAGUACUAAUAUAUAGCAUUUACGAGGUGCUGAUUAUCUUAUUGCAUAUUCAUUGGCGCACUAUGCGAGAAUAUCCAAUCAUAUCUUAAAGUCAUGUCUGUUUUUGUACUCAAUGAAAUAUAAUCUUAUUUUGUAAGAAAAGUAACAAGAAAAAAAAUCAUCACUUUGUUUACUUUAUGAAUACGGUGUGCAAUUUUUUAACACGAGAACAAAUUUAUGUAUCUGAACAGUUAAAAUAUGUCAAGCGUGAUAAGUAUAUUCUGUUGAGAAAUAUGUUACAUGUUCAUAAUACAUGUACAUUUAUGUGAGGAUGUAUCAGCUCUUCAUUAAAGCUGGAAAAUGAACAAAAGAACAAACAUUGUAAAUAGAAAUAGUAUUCAAAGUAUUAAAAUAUGGAUGUAUUUAUAAUGUUUG